UUUCUUCUACAUCUCUUGUGCACACAUGUAUUUUCUCUAAAAUAUUCAACAAUAACAUUUCCAAAUCUGGAUCUGUCUUGAAAAGUGUUAAAACUGGAUUUAUGACAUCCACGCUUUUCCAUUUUUUAACAGCAAUGAAGGCAGGUUCAUCUUCUCUAAAUCCCUAUGCAGCUUCCUAUGUGCCCCUCUUCAAAAGAGGGCUUCCCAAUGCAAACAACGACUUAAGCCCGACACAAGAAUUGAACAGUGGAAAUGAGUUUGUUUGGUCAGGUCAUCAGCCGAGCACAUUAUUUGCUUCUGCUAUCCAAACUGGUGAAGGUUCUAGAAGGAAUAGUCAUCAACAUGGUGGUGGUGAAUUCUUGGCUUCGACCUCAAAGUAUCCUAAUCCGAUACAACCGAGCUUUGAUGAAGAGUUCGACAUGGAUUUGGCUUACCUUCAGAUGAACUUUCCGGGAAUAUCGGAAGAGUCUCUUUCUGAUGUCUAUUUGGCCAACAGGUGUGACCUGGAAGCUGCACUAGACAUGCUACAUCAACUCGAGGUCUACCCUGAUGAUUCAUUGGAUAAGCUUCCGGACUCUUUGGACAUUGGUGACGUGUCGGAACCUGUGACCGUUAGCAUGACAUCAUCAUCACAGAAAGCUAAGAUUCAGACAGUUGACGAUGCUCUGGCUUCAUCUUCUGCUCCAUUCAACACCUCACCUGCAAGCUAAUCUGCUCGAUUUUCCGGGAUUAGCAGUUUUUCUUAGGGUUCUUUCUUU